UGAUAUUCAUUGUGCGGCGAGAGAGUAGACAAGUAGUCAGAGUCGGCGUGCAAGUAGAAGAGCAUCGAGGGAGGACCAUAAAAGGGAGAUCGCGAGGGUGCUCGGCGCACAGUCGCGCUUCGUCUGCCCGCCUGAACGUUGCGUGUGCAAUCUUCGAGAAAUUGUUGAACGAUCGCUCAAGUAUUCGCCGAAAGGAGAGAAGCAACAAUUAUGUAUUCCAAAAUAAUUGCUCCAAGAUAAUUGCCUCGUCGAUUGUAUUAUUGAACUUCGUCACGCGUUCGCGUGCGCACGCAUGGCGCAUGGCCCACCCUAUGGCAUGGCAUCACGGGACCUCGUUACUUGUUUCCUUCUCACAGCCUUCCUCUACUCUAGUUUCGGUCAAACGUUGCCAAAGUCGGAGAUACAACCGCAGUUUCUGGCACCUUUGGAGAACCAUACGGUCACUCAAGGCCGUGACGUCUCCUUCACCUGCGUCGUUAAUCAUCUUCAAUCUUACAAGAUUGCCUGGAUAAAAUCAGAUUCGAGGGCUAUCCUAGCUAUUCACACUCACAUGGUCGCUCAUAACACACGGCUCUCGGUAACUCAUAACGGACAUAACACCUGGAAGCUUCACGUGAGCAACGUUCAACCGAACGAUUCUGGAACUUAUAUGUGUCAGAUUAAUACGGAUCCAAUGAAGAGUCAGACGGGCUACAUGAAAGUAGUGAUACCACCUGAUAUCAUGGAUCUCGACGACUCGGCCGACCUUUUAACGACUAAGGAAAGCAACGAUCUGCGAUUACGAUGUCGUGCCACAGGAACACCUAAACCUACGGUCACCUGGCGAAGGGAGGACGGACGUGAAAUUACUCUGAGAAGCGAGUUAGGUGUUAAACGAGUACAAUCCUACGAGGGCGAACAACUGCAUUUAGUGGGGAUCUUACGGCAAGAGAUGGGCUCGUAUUUGUGCAUAGCCUCGAAUGGUGUGCCGCCAACAGUUAGCAAAAGAUAUCACGUUAAUGUCCUUUUUAAGCCCUUGAUCAAAGUGACGAAUCAAUUGGUGGCUGCACCGACGAAUAGCAACGUUAUUCUGCAAUGUUACGUCGAAUCUUCGCCUAAGGCCUCGAACACGUGGUACAAGGACAACGGAAUCAAACUUUUGACCAACGACAAGCAUAACGUAUCAGAGUUCACAGUAAAUGAUUACGCGUAUCAAUUGAAUCUUACGAUCAAACAGCUAAGCCGAAAUGAUUUUGGUAGUUAUAUUUGUUCAGCGGAGAAUCCAUACGGAAAAGCAGAGGGUACGAUAAGACUUCAAGAGUUGCAUCUGUCGAAGACGACAGUGCCGACAAUUCGCAAUACCGAGUCCGCCGAGAGGCAAAACUGGAGAAAGCAAAUCGAGAGAAAGGGAGGAAAGAAGUAUUCGUACGCGUUAGGACGAGAGGUCGGUAGUACGAAUUCGACGCAGAGAAAUGUCGUAAGUUGGACGCAGACCACGCCGAUCUCAAGAAGAAAUAACUCCAACUCACUGCCAAGUGUCGUCCUCACAAAGAAUUCUAAAGUUUUAUCCUCCUCCUCCUCCUCCUCCUCCUCCUCCUCAUCCUCUUCGUCUUCUUCUUCUUCUUCUUCCCCUUAUCCAGCACCGGCACCUGCGCCCGCACAUUCCGCACCGACCCAACUGGACGCACAGAGCGAUGCUACGAGCACGCGAUAUUUUCGAUCGGUUCAUCAGCUUCAUCUGACGGUCGUUGUUCUCCUCUUUGCAAUGACAUCGUCUUAUUGAAGAUUAAUAACGGAAAAAAAAAUUU